AUGGCCAGUUGUCAACGGUGUUCCCAGUCUGAGGACCAGAGCCCCGAGCUUGCCUCCUCAGGGUACCCCCUCGAGGUGAUAGUGAAUGAAAUCCCUGGACCAUCAGACUCCCCCUCCUCGCCUUCCUCCUGUGGCUCGAAGAGGCAAAGAGAGGAGUCAGAGGAGGAGACAUUCCCAGGGGCUGAGGACAUCUGGUAUGUGGAGACACUGUGUGGACUCAAGAUGAAAUUAAAGAGACAGCGGGUGUCUUCAGUGCUGCCUGAGCACCACGAGGUCUUCAACAGGCUGCUGGAAGAUCCUGUCAUUAAAAGAUUCCUGGCCUGGGACAAAAAACUAAGGGUAUCUGACAAGUAUCUCCUGUCCAUGGUCAUCGCCUACUUUAGCCGUGCUGGCCUCUUCUCCUGGCAGUACCAGCGAAUUCAUUUCUUCCUGGCACUCUACCUAGCCAAUGAUAUGGAAGAGGAUAACCAGGCCCCCAAACAGGCCAUCUUUUCGUUCCUGUACGGGAAGAACCGCUCCCAGCGCCCUUUGUUCCACAAACUCCGAUUCCAAUUCAUCCGAUCCAUGGGCUGGAAGACCAGGGUGACCCGGGAAGAGUGCGAGGAGAUUCAGACUUUUGAUCCAGAGCUAUGGGUGUGGGGGCGAGAUCGUACCCUCCUGCCCUAGGGUGCCCGGGACCAUGGAGGCCUGAGGUCAUCGGCCUGAGGGAAGAGCCCAGAGGAGAGCAGGUUUUCAGCAGGAAGUCCAUCCAGACGCUAACAACAGGCAUGAGGAAGGAAGAGAGGAGUCUCUUGUGCAGAUAAUCUGGAAGAACCUAGAGUGUUCUAGAAUGAGUUGAAUAGAGUUAUCAUGCUGUACUCCUAGGAGCUGGGGAUACAUCUAGGA